CAGCCAGCAGUUCCUGUUCGACUGUCAUGAAGGAAAUAUCACCAGCAGCAGCAGCAUAAACAGUGGAAAAGGCCUCUCCUCAGUAGCGCAGAAGAAAAAGGUGGAUAAAGAAGUGGUGUGAGUGCGACGACGACCACAAAGGAGAGACGGGAAGAAAACUUCAAUGCAGGAGGAAAAUUGGAUUUUGACCGUCGGGAAAAGCUCGUCGCGGGGCUGCUGAUCGAUCCAAGUGGGCCAACUUGGCUGGUGGUGAUUUGGAAUUUUCGUCGUGUUCGGGAGGAGUUGAAGAAAGGACCGUGGAGAUGUGCCAAUCGCAGUAGGCUCAAGUCGUCAUAAUUUUUUCGUCGUCAUUUCAAUUAUUUUCCCUCUGUGUCUGUGUGUGCAGCAGCAGUAGCACGGGCAGAGUGAGCGAAAGAGCAAGAAAAGGAAAAGUUUUCGCGAGUGUUGGACAGAGAGAAGACGAGAGAGAGUGAGCGAGAAGGUGGUCUACGGUGUGUGAGUGUGUGGAAAAAGGAAAAGGUUCAACAAAGGAAAGUGUCGAAGAGCUCGAAGGCAGCAGGCCAGGAAAGGGGGUUGGAGGAAGAAGGGAGGAGAAGGCAGUAGCGGAGCCAGGAGGUGGGGGCGCAGAGUAGAGCAGGGGAGGGACGGGACUGGUUCUCUUUUGCUUUUUCAUCAUCAAAUGGCUGACAGCAGUGCGAAUGCAAAGUGUAGUGAUGGUGUUUCGUAUUUUGAUAGCUCACUAAAGGGAAAAAUGACUUCACACAAUAAUUCGUCAAACAGCUCGUCGUCGUCAUCCGGUGCUGUUGGCCCGGGAGGUACUUCCGGCAGUGGCCAAACCACGAUGGUGGACCGUCUCAAGUUGCUGUAUCCGAACGUGAACGAGGCCGUGGACCAGUUGCCUCGUUCCUGGAGCUCUCAGGACAAGUGCACCACAAUCGGACUCACCCAGAAUAAUUUACGUGUUCACUACAAAGGAGUCGGCAAGUCCCACACAGACGCCGCCUCGGUGCGCACGCCGUACCCAAUUCCGGCAGCAUGCGGUCUGUACUACUUCGAGGUGAAGAUAAUCUCCAAGGGUCGCGAUGGCUACAUGGGCAUCGGCCUGACCGCGCAUCCACACUUCAAAAUGAACCGAUUACCGGGCUGGGACAAGCAGUCCUACGGGUACCACGGGGACGACGGGAACUCGUUCUGCUCCUCCGGCAACGGGCAACCGUACGGGCCGACCUUUACCACCGGUGAUAUUAUUGGUUGUGGUGUUAACUUAGUCGAUAAUACCUGUUUCUACACGAAAAAUGGCCACCAUCUAGGAAUAGCAUUCAGAGAUUUACCGCCCCGAUUAUAUCCCACAGUGGGACUGCAGACGCCGGGCGAGGUGGUGGACGCCAACUUUGGCCAGGAGCCGUUCAAGUUUGACAUCGAAGACAUGCUGAAGGAGCUGCGUGCCGCGACCAAAGCUACCAUCUACAACUUCCCCCUGCCGGACGACCAGGGCGACUGGACUGUGAUUCUGCACAAAAUGGUCUCCUCGUACCUGGUGCACCACGGUUACAGCUCGACGGCGGACACGUUCGCCCGGACCACCGGCCAGUCCCUGCAGGAGGACAUGGCGUCGAUAAAGAAUCGGCAAAAAAUAAUCAAACUAGUACUGUCGGGACGCAUGGGCCAGGCGAUCGAGCAGACCGUACGCUUAUAUCCGGGUCUGCUGGAAUCCAAUCAAAAUCUGCUGUUUAUGCUCAAGUGCAGACAGUUCAUCGAAAUGGUGAACGGCUCCGAUUUCGACCUUCUUUGCAUGCCUCAAUUACAGGGUUCAGGUUCAUCGCGUACGAGCCCAGUGCAAACAUCGGUGAUACAGUCGACGAAAAGUUAUCAGAACGGGAACGCGGUCCCGGACGGCGGUGACAAUCAGGGUCUUAGCAAAAGUAACGUCCUUAGUAAUAAUGGCACGUGUAUCGAAGACGACUACUCCAACGACGUGGAGAUGGAAAAUGGCCAUACAAACAACGCUGCCACGAAUAGCUCCUCCAACGGGUACAAGAAUGGCAACAGUACGGUUCUGAACGAUUCGCUCGACGACGACGAUGACGACGACGAGGAGGUGGUUGAUGGGGCCGCCCGGGACGAGGAAAUGGACGUGGACUCUUCGCUGUCGCCCAACUGCAAGUCGGCAAGCGCCCUGGCGGCACGGUCCGGCGUCGAGCGGAUGCUGGAGUUUGGCCGGGAGCUGUUCCAGAUGAGCCAGCGGCUGGAGAAGGAGCAGGGAGUGAACGAAACCAAUCAGAAAAUGUUAGAGGAUGCAUUUAGUUUACUCGCGUAUUCUAACCCAUGGGCAAGCCCGCUCGGAUGGCAGCUGUGCCCGUCACGUCGCGAAUCUGUCUGUGCUGCCCUUAACUCUGCCAUAUUAGAAUCGAUGAGCUACUCGUGGCGACCGCCGCUGGAGGUGUGCAUAGCGCACGCGUGCGAACUGCUCCGUCUGAUGUCCAGCUCGUCGCUGGGCGCGUGCGCGUUUGUCAGCGUCGAAGACGUGCUCACGCAGCAGCAGCACCAUUGACUACAGCUGAUUCUCCCGCUGUCCUCUUUCUUCAACGUCUAAACGUUCCCUGCCCGGCGACGGCCCGUCCUCCCCCAUUUUUUGGGCUUUGCGUCUUUCCCGCUUCAAUCGAUCCAAUUGUUACUGAUUGUAUAUUUUAUUUAUUUUUUGCUGUGCGUUUUUUUUGCGAUGAUUUCACAUCUCCCCAGUUUAACAUAAUUAUCAUGAGUUCCAACGUUUGCCUUCAACCGCGUAGACGCCUAGCAGCAGCAAGAGCAGCGACGGCACUGUCCUUUCUUUCUUCCCGAAUCCCAUAUGAGUAGAGAUGAGCCCAACCCAGUCGGCGAUGAAAGAGGAAAAGACCAUAUGGAUCACGUCUGUGUUUAUAGUAACUACAAUUAUCGGUUGCCUGAUAUUUUACUGCUAAAGCUAUUUUUGUUUUUAUUUUAGUUAAUUUUGGAGUUUAUUUGAAUUUAUAGUGAAGAUUAAGAGAACACACACAUGCGUACAUUACUGGAAAAAAAAUGAAUAAAAUAAUGUUGAAUAAAAACAAACACACGCGCAGUAAAUGCAAGGAAAACGAUUCGGAAGCAGCAGGAAAAUAUUACGAUACCAGAAAAAACACACAUAAACACCCACACACAUAGCAAGAAUGAUGAGAUGUGUGAGAGAGAGAACUAAUUAAGGGUAGGUGAUAAGACGAUGACAAAGAUACGUGAAAAUCGAUCUAAUAUGAUAUCUAUAAAUAAUAUAUUUACAAUGAAAAACUAAAGUUGCGCCAGAAAAUCGAUGCGUGUAGUUGUUAGACGAGGUUUAGUUUUGUUUUUUCUCGGGUUUCGUUCACUUUCUCUCGUAGCCCGUAAGGUUUCCUGAAAAUGUGUCAGCUUGUUUGUUCUUUUGCCCUUGUCCUGUUAAAACAAAAGAAGAGGCAGUUGAAGCUUAGCCGGUCCACAUUCGAUCAUCGCCUUUGGAUUUAGUAACAAUGUAAUUAAAGUUAUAAUAGCCGAACAAUAAAUCUUGUGAAUAACCGACACACACAAAA